AUGGCUUUUGAAGAUCUGCAAGAGAAAAUUACGCCGAAUCAGCCAAGCCGCGAAGCAUCCCCUGCGCGCGGCGCAAGCGUCCCCCAAGAUGCCGCCAUCCCCUCUGAGCGUAUGUCCCUCCGUGAGUGGCAAGCUUCCCAGAAGAUCGAUCGCGAUGCCCAAGUCAAGAUCACAAAGCUCUCGCAUAUGCGAUACCAGCACCCGGAUCUGGCCGAGAUAACGACGUUCCUCCGCGACUUUGGCAUGAGCGUGGCGCAGAAGGCUGAAGGGAAGAGGUGGUUCAAGGGAUACGGGACGGACCAGUACGUUUACUACGCGCAAGAGGGCGAGAAGAGAUUCUUGGGCGGUGCGUUUGAAGUGGAGAGCUAUGCGGAGCUGGAGAAAGCAACACGAAUACCAGGCGCCUCUGCGAUACAAGAUCUAAGCGACGCUCCAGGCGGUGGCCACAUGGUCACGAUCAUCGACCCCGGCAACUUCCCCAUUAACCUGCUCUACGGCCAAACUCCUAAACCCGCCGGUCCCAUGCCCUCUAUCCUACAAACCAACUACGAAGUCCAGAAACCCCGCGUCGCUACCUUCCAGCGCUUCUCCCCAGGCCCUGCCGCAGUCCACAAACUCGGCCACUACGGCCUCUGCGUGACAAACUUCCCGGAGCAACUCGCCUUCUACACGGGGUACUUCAACUUGGUGCCCACGGACUUUUUGUAUGUUGACGACGGUGAAGCCGGCAAGAAAGACGUCGCCGCCUUCCUCCACAUCGAUGUUGGCCCCGCAUACACAGACCAUCACACCUUCUUCAUGUCGUCGAACCCAACCGCCCACGUGCACCACUGCUCGUUCGAGGUGCACGACUUCGACAGCCAGAACCUUGGGCACGAGUGGCUUGCGAAAAAGGGGUACAAGAGCGUCUGGGGUGUUGGACGGCAUAUUUUAGGAUCGCAGUUGUUUGAUUACUGGUGGGAUACCAGCGGGAAUAUGGUGGAGCAUUAUGCGGAUGGAGAUUUGGUGAAUGAGGAGACGCCGGUAGGGUGGGGGGAGGCCGGGCAUGAGAGCCUUGCGGUUUGGGGACCAGAAUGUCCGAAGUGGUUUUUGGAUUGA